AUGGCCGUAGAGAAAGCUGCGUCAGGAGAUCUAUACAUGGGUGAAGAUUACAUGUAUGAUGACACAGUGGUGCUAGUGGUGAAAGGAUUAAGUUCGGAACUAAAGAGAAUAUUGGUCAUCUUCACAACUAUAGAUCUUUCGGUUAAUAAAUUUGAAGAUGAGAUACCUGACACGAUCGGACAGCUAAGAUCACUUAGAUUUCCCAAUCUAUCACACAAUAGUCCCUCCGAUAGUAUACCGACACACUUGAGCAACCUCGUACUGCUUCAACAUUUAGAUCUUUCUUCUAACAAGCUAGUAGGUGACAUUCUUCAACAACUUACAAAUCUGACAUCUCUUGCAGUUGUGAAUUUUUCCCAAAAUCAGCUUAAAGGAGCCAUACCUCAAGGUAGACAGUUCAAUACGUUUGGAAUUAGUUCAUUUCAAGGGAACAAUGGAUUAUGUGGAUUUCCAUUGACAAAGAACUGUGGAGAUGAUGAAGUGUCACCAUCUCCUACACCUGAUGCUGAAGAUGAAGAUGAAGAUAACACUUUCUUUAAUGGUUUUUCUUGGAGGUCUGUUGUUAUGGGAUAUGGAUUUGGGUGUUAA